GAAUUUUGACUUGUCAUAAAUGACUCCACUGUAAAGAACACUGAACCACGGAAAUGACGAAGCCGUGCUAAAUGCUGGGAAAUUGGUUGGAAGUGCUGGCAAGGCAAGCAGAAGAUCUAGGGAUGUGACAAACAAACCGAAGGGAGAAAUAGAGGAAAGUGAUUGUGUCAUUGUGUACACAUCUGUUUGUAAUGGUAGAGUAUCGAGGAGGCUGUGUGGAAGCACCACCAAGGGUCAGGAGACUGGAAAGUUAGGCUCUCAAAUGUUUGAAAUCUACAUAGAGAAUAUGUGGAGAAAGCUCUCAGAAGAGGAGAACAAUGAGUUUACUUAUCUUGACUCUUUGUGGUUUUCCUUGCAUGCUAAAGGGCCUCACAAUUCAAAAGUGUUGAGUUGGAUCAAAAGAAAGGAUAUAUUCUCGAAAAAAUAUGUAUUUGUUCCAAUUGUUCAGUUGGGUCAUUGGUUUCUUUUGAUUUUCUGCCACUUUGGUGAAAAUUCAGAGGCAAAAUGCACAUUCGAAGUAGCUAGAAUCUGGAAUCAGAAAGAUAUGUACUCAUGCUUUUUUCAUCUCCCUUUUCUCUACAGAUUCGUCUUUGACAUAUUUAAAACAGAAGAACGGCCGGAGAAUAAGGAACUAAUUAGGAAACUCCCGCUUUUAAGUCCUAAGGUGCCACAACAGAAAAACAGCGAGGAGUGUGGAAUUUUUGUGCUCUACUACAUAUAUAAAUUCCUAAAGAGUGCCUAUGGUAAUGUUAGCUUCUCGACAGGCUGCACACACUUUAUGAAAGAGAACUGGUUUACUCACGAAGAUGUGGAGCGCUUUACCAAAUCACUGAACCCAAUAAUCUGUGAUGUAUAGAUGAAAGAGAACUGGUUUACUCAGAAAGAUGUGGAAUGCUUUACCAAAUCACUGAACCAAUGACCGAAUUUUCUGAUUGAUCAGAGAUCAGUAUAUUAGUUCUUUUUUGUAUAUGAUGUAUGGAAAAUCAGUCAACUUUAGCAGUAAGAAGGUAUAUGAUGAUUGUCUUUUUAAUUUUGGCUAACUAAUUUUUAGGAGUAAGAUUUGGUCUAAUUAAGUGCAUAAUCACGUAGAUUAUUGUAAGACUAUGAACAUAAACAGCCUUGUUUCUAGUAUUAUAUAAAUUAUAUACAUUAUAUCUAA